UUUCACAUCAAAUAGAGGCUCACUUCCGCCAACAUUGUUUGGGCGGCCAAAUCAAAAUCUGAACUUAUUUAUGGCUGUAAAUGUACAAAACACACUAUAUAUAACACAAAAACAACAUGCUACCAAGGUUAUGACCCUUCCAAUUAGAAAAUGCAAUUGAUUUUCGUAUUGCGAUGACCAGAAAUGAUUUAAAAAGGGUAAAAAAAUGUGUCCGUGAUGGAGCAUGAAAAGGUGGGCAGGGCUAAUUUAUGUUACCUAGGUACUAAAUACCUAUUGUGUAAAUAGUUGUAGGUAGAUAUCUUAUCACGGCCAUUGAUUUCAACAUGUUAGGACAAGUUUAUAAUCCUAGAAAGUGUUUACAAAGGUAUAACUGAAUACACAAAACAAGUUCCAAAGGACACAUGUACACAAAUGUAUGGAUAAAAGUGAACUUUAAGCUUUGGAGGAAAAUUUAUCAGUUUACAUUGCUUGAAUAACAAUUAUUCUUUGUACUUUUGACCUAUUGAACUCAUGUACAUAACAAACUAACACAAAGAAACAGCUUAUUGUGAUUGGAUUCUUAAUUUUGAUUAAUUCUUUGUACUUUUGUCAGUGUUGACCUGUUGAAUAAUUGAUGAACAUUUCAAACUAAAACAAAGAAGAAAUUAAUUGUGAUUGGAACCUGAAUUUUACAAAGUUGUACAUAUCAUUAUUUAUGUUCAAUCCACACUGUACUCCUGUAAAAUUAGACAGCAGUGGGGAAUCUGACACAAGUCAGAGCCCAGAAGAAAAAUGGAUAAAUAGACAAAGUGUAUUCAAUUAUUUAAUGUACAAAAUGGCUGAUAAUUCUGAUGCCGAUUCGGAUAACUGUGAAGAAGCUCAAGAUGAUAGUCAUUUAAUUGAAAAAAUAAGACAAUUGGAAAAAGAAAAGGAAAAGCUUGCGAAAAAAAAUGCUGAAAGAUUUCGACUUGAAAAGCAGUACAAGGAGUUAAGUAAAUCUGUUAAAUCAUUAAAAGGAUCCUCGACUACCAGUCUCAGUUCUGGAUACAUGUCCAGUAGUCCAAGUCCAGGAUCAUUAGAUAAAAAUAGACUUGCAGAAUCCAGUGGGUUGUCAUCCAUGUUGAACGAACAGCGAGAAAGAUUGAAAAACUUGUCAAGUCGUCGUUCUGCGGAAACAUCAUCUUCAAAAAGAGAUGAAAGUGGUUGUGAAGAUUCAGAGUCAGAUGAAGACAAAGAUUCCAAAAAUUUAGACAAAGUGAUGAGUAAGGAACACAAAUCAAAGUUGCAGUCAAAUAGAGACACGCUAGUCGAAAGUAUGAUUCCUGAUGACAUAUUUAAUGACCUCAUCGCAAACAGAGUUUUGACCACUGCAGACGUCAGUCGUAUAAAGGAGAAAAAUACAAGAGAAGCUAUGAAUGAGGAAUUAUUAAACAAUUUGGUUAGAAGGUCUGAUCGAGCUUUCUAUGAAUUUGUACGAUCUUUACAUAAAACUUUACAAGGUUAUUUAGCUGACCUAUUGGAAGACAUUCCAAAACCUCCGUCCAAAAAAAGACAAAAGCGUAAAAGAGUUCCAGGAGAAUUAAGUAUUAAUGUAGAUUGUGAAGACAUGGGGCCACUCCCCAACAAGAAAAAACCUCUCUGCUCAUGUCAGGAAGUGGAAGAACAGAUUCUCAUCAUGUCAAAGACAGCAUACCUCGCCAUUCGAAGAAGGGACACAACUCCGGCUGCUUUUGAACAAUUUAAAAAAGAAUUGUCACAAACUAACGAAAUUUUAAGGGAAUCUAUGGAAGUUAUGAAUACUCUUAAAAUGUUAUGUGAACAUGGCCGCUCAAUGCAUGAUAUAUCAAACGGAAGUAUUAGAUUUUCUUUACUUUGUAAUUCUGUAGAUGGCGCCAAAGACUUGUGGGAAAAAUAUUCCCACGGACAUUUGUUGAAUAAAUUUCAGCAGGGACUUGUUACUAAAAGUUUGCUCAAAUCAUGUCAGGCAAAGUGGGUCAAGUUAAAGGUCAAAAUAGCUGAAGAUGAAUAUCAUCAAUGCAUAAGAGAAUUAGAAAAUGGUAACCAUGGAAACAAUCAACAAAAUGAUAAUAAUUACAGAAGAACCAGACUGAGAAGUUUUUGCAGAAAGUCCUCAGAAGAGAAUUGUUUACCGUUUACAUCACCAUAUUCCUGUAUACAAGAAGAUGAACCUCGAAGAGCUUUUAGAGAAUUACAACGAAACUUAUCACUAAGUGAUCAUGUGACACAGGCCAAGAAACAAAGAAUAGUUACAAACUGUGAAACAGUGACAGACUAUCCCCAAAGGAACCUCUUGUAUAAUUUUAGAUUGAGGCCAAAUCAAAACCAGUUGUAAACUGGGGAAUACCUUCUAUUUAUAACUUUAAUAGUUUUCUUGUUACAAUUGUUCAAAGUGCUUAGAUUGGUUUAAAAUAUUUAUAAAAUAUAGUUUAAAAGCUGAAUUUUGAAUUAUCAUGAAAUGGUUGAUUGAUAAAUAAGUAAUGUGUUCACGGAUAGUAUUAUCGUUCAUUGUGUAUAAUUUUUUCAGGUAAUUUUUUCAAACUUCAUCUUUUGUUAUCAGUAUGAAAUCUUGCUUGUAUAGCAGACUUUUAGACAAUAAAUGAACACAAUUUUUAGAUACAGUUACAAUUUAGCAUUAUUGAUAUAUGGAAGCAUUGUAUGUUUUUAUGAUUUUGAAGAGGUUUGUCCUUAUAAUAUAUAUGUUAUUCAUAUUUAUUUUAGUAAUUUAGGUUUUUAUUUUCUUAUUAUAUAACUUUUAAUUCAACUUUUUAAAAAGGAUCACCAAUGCGUUGAUCAGUAACUAAUCCUUAUGGUUUCAUUGGCAAAAUAAGGGGUUAUUUGGAGAAAAAAUAUUUUUUGAAAAGCAUGGGCAUUUGUAGAUAAAUGUAUGACUUGUAAACUUUAUCUCUUAGUCCUGAUCUAAAAUGCAUAUACAAUUGUUGUUUUCUUAAGGUAUUUACAUGUAACAAGUAGGUUUGAAGGACUGAAUGUUUUUCAUUUGUGGAAGAAAUUCGGGAAUUAGUUUUGUUGAUGAGUCUCAUUCAAAAAUCUUUCAAUUAUUCUUUGAGUUUGAGUUUCAGAUGUUAAAUACUGUAAAUUCAGAAAUUAAUGCGAGGUUUUUAUUAUUGCAAAAAAUGCGACUGAGUUGUAAACGCAAUAAUUUGAACUCGCAUUUUGAAAUAUUUUCUAUGAAUUUAACAGGAUUUUUCUCAAAAUCGUAAAAAUUAAAAUCGCAUUUAAGUCUAAAAUGACAAAAUCGCAAUAAUAAAUGCAUGCAAUAAUUUCUGAAUUUACAGUAUUCAAGACUAGAAUGAAAUAGUUGAAACAUAUCGUCAAUCAAAUCAAUCAAUCAAAAUGCAAUAUGUAUCAUGUGACCUGUCAGAUAACAGGGGCGGAUCCAGCCAUUUUAAAAAGGGGUCCAACUAUAUGUUCCCAUUCAAAUGCAUUGAUCGUCCAAAAAAGGGGGUUCCCAACCCCCGGAACCCUUCCCCUGGAUCUGCCACUAGAUAAAGGCCAUUUUAUGAAAGUUUGAAGCUGAGUUUGUCUGAAAUGAAUAGAAAAUGGUCAGAAUAAGUGAUGUUAUGUUAUUUUAUAUGUUUUAUAAAUUGAUGAUUUAAUGAUUGUUUAUGUAUGGGUUUCGUGUACAUUUACUUAAACAUCAGAAUAAGUGAUGUUAUGUUAUUUUAUAUGUUUUAUAAAUUGAUAAAUUAAUGAUUGUUUAUGUAUGGGUUUCGUGUACAUUUCUUCUGCAUGAUUUGAGAGGGAAGUAAAAAAAAAAUAGGAUUACAUUUUUACAUCAGAUAAUUUUUGGCAUAUACUGUACAUGUAGAUUCAUUAUUAUUCAUGGGAUACAAUUUUUUUUUUAUAUAGGAAAAGUGUUCCAUUUCCAAAAUGUUUGUCCAACUUUACAGAUUUUUGCAAAAUCAUGAAAUAGAAUAUACACAAAAACACAAUUUUUUUCUCAACCCGCCAAAAUAACUAAACUAAGUGCACACCAAUUUAAUUUCUUAUUCUACAGAUUUUUGGACUCCAAAAUUUGGGGUUAGCAUGCGAUUUGAAAAUUUUUGAUAAAAAAAAAUAAAAUAAAUAAAAAUCUGUUUUGAAAAAAAUAGGUGCAGGCGGGUCCGUUGAACAAGGAAUUAAAUUGGUGUGCCUAACUAUCUAAAUAAAGAUUAAAUGUGUAGUUUGCUUGGCAUAUAUGUAGAUGUGGUAAAAUUUGAUUAACUUAUGUUUGUUGAAUAGUUUUGUGUGUGAAUAUUAUGAAAGUUCAAGUUGUAGCUUUGUAUAAUGUGUCAUUAUAAUGUUUCCUAUUUUGAGUGAGGACUUCCUAAUUCAUUGCUGGUAGUGUUAAUAUUUUUAAAUCAUGCAGAGUUGUAGAUUUGGUUCCAGAUAUUUAUAUUUGUUUUCAUAUUUUUAUUAAAUUGUUGAUGAAUUUAAUGUAUUUGAUGUGAAACUAUAAAAA